UUAAUUAAUUCCACUUUGCAGGUUGCUUUUCAAGAACAAAUGAACAUACGUGAAGGUAUUCCAACAACAUAUGCUGCCUCGAGAGAUGUACGCGCACCUGCUGUCAUCGACGAUCGCUUUCUGCAACAAAUUUUUUCCGCAAAUAUGCCCGGUGGUCGAGCGGUGCGCGGAACUGGAGGUCCUAUCCCGCGGAGCUUUACAGGCUUCAUUGGCUACGUGAUUAAUGUGGUAUUUCAGUACUGCUACUCAACAUUCGCCAGUGUACUAAAUGCGCUACUGAAUCUGGGGCGAAACGACGAAAGAAUCGUCACCGAUCCGGUGGGUGAUGUCAUGAGCUUUAUACGCUCAUACAAUGAACGCUAUCCAGCACACCCGGUCUUCUACCAGGGCACCUACGCGCAAGCACUUAAUGAUGCCAAACAAGAGUUGCGUUUCUUGCUCAUCUACCUGCACAAGGAUCCCACAAACAAUCCAGAUGUGGAUUCAUUGUGCCGCACUACACUCUCAAACCAAUCAGUAAUUGAUUAUGUUAAUCGUAAUAUGCUUUUCUGGGGCUGUGACGUAUCCUCGCCAGAGGGUUAUAGGGUAUCGCACACAUUAAAUGUGCACGUCUAUCCGACGAUGAUGUUAAUAACUCUACGCAACAAUCGAAUGGUUGUUGUGGGUCGCUUCGAAGGUGAUUGCAUGCCUGAAGAGUUGAUACGCCGCAUGCAAACGGUGAUAUCGGCAAAUGAGAUAUGGCUGAGUCAAGCACGGGCUGAUCGUUUAGAACGAAAUCUUACACAAACUCUACGCCAGCAGCAAGACGAAGCAUAUCGGCUUAGUUUACGUGCCGACGAGGAGAAGGAGCGGCUUCGUCAGUUAGAGCGUGAUGCUGAACGACAAGCGCAGGAGGCUAUUGAACGCGAACGCGCUGAAGAGACACGCCGAAAACAAGAAAUUGCUCAACUAAAAAUUGAGUUGGCCAACAAGGUACCAAAUGAACCACCAGCCGGUACAGCGGAUACCAUCUGUGUCGUAUUCAAACUGCCGAACGGCGCACGACUUGAGCGGCGCUUUCUCAAUUCCAACUCAUUAAUUGAUGUGUACAACUAUCUGUUCUGUCACCCCUCUUCACCUGAUGAAUUCGAGAUAACAACGAAUUUUCCUAAACGUGUCCUUUAUGCCAGCUCAUUCAUUAACAAUGCCGCCAUCAACGGUAAUAGCAAUGACACAACGUUAGCUGAAGCAGGCCUGAAGCACCGUGAAGUGCUAUUUGUCAAUGAUUUGGAGGCGUAAUAUUCAUAGCAAUAUUUUAUACACCAAGCAACAGCGACAAACCAUUAAAACAAUCAUGGGUCAAUGUUUGAACAGAUUUCAUAGAGUAAUAAUAUCUACAUGAAUACAAUUUUCUUUUAAUCAUUGACCACGCAAAAACUACACUACUAAAACAAUAUUAUUAAACAUCUUGAUGUUCCCAAAGUAUACGUAAAAUGUUUAACAAAAGCAAAUGAAGCGCAUGUUGCUGGCAGACAUUUAUCGUGCGCCGUUUUAGAAAUUAUAACAACACUGGAUUGUUAUUUAAUUUAUCUGUGUUUACAAUUUCGAUUAAAUUAAGAAGUUGAACUUUUUCCUUUGCUUUUAACGUACUUAUCAUUUACAUAAAAUUUAUGUAGAAAAAUAACUGGGACUAAUCUACAUACAUGUGCACAUGUGUAUGUAUUUAUUGUCGGUAUCAAUGCAAAUGGCCCUAUUUAACUUUUUUUAAGUUAUUUUGUUAGUAAUCUAUUAGUUUGUUAUCAGUUACAAACCUUGUACUAAAAUUAAAAGCCAUUCCUUUACAAAAUAUUGAUUUCUCUGGAUGCAUAUCCUGUUUUUUUCUUUGCCAUGCAAAAUUUAAAUUUUGUCAAAAAGGGCAUAUGGUAUUGAUUUUACAUUUUCUUCUAAAUACACUGCAUUAUUUCUCUCUUUCACUUCAAUUAAUACAGUCGUAAAUAACAUUUCAUCAAAAAACUGCAAGAAGAUUUGUAGAAUUAAAUAUUUACAUUUCUAUACAUAAAAAAUUGAAAUACAAAGUAAAACAGUAUGUGUGAAACGUAUUUGUUAAGCCUA